GGCACUUUCACUGUUGACGGGGCGACCGCCAGUCCUCGCAGCCAGUGCCGCGGCGCCGGGCCUCCGCUGCGCCCGACUGUUUUCCUCUCACACACUCUUGCUAAAUUUUCCACUUACCGGAGACUCUUGUACGUCUCACUACACACCGUGUCAUUGUGUGACAUCGCAAUUAUUCCCAAAAAAUAAUUCGCUAUAUUAUCAAUGUUGUUUUUGAUACUGUUUCCUUGGAUUUAAAGUUGUGCCGUGUCAAAAUCUAUUUGGCGUCUGUCGGAACGUAUUUUAGAACGUGAUAAAUUCGUGGUUGUUAAAAAGAUUAUAUACAAAUAAAAAAGCUUGCAAGGCGGACGGCGACGAGUUUCACUCAGUACAAAUGUUUAUCAAGUGUCGUAACGCUUGUAGCUAGCCGUGUCGUAUCAUUUGCGAAUUUGCCAAUUGCAUGGUUUUUUUUUCAUUUAUUUGCUCACAGUGCUAUUGCGAUACCAGAUUAAAUGUGAACAUUGUUAAAUAUAUGUUUGAAAGUCACUUGUGCGAAAUUAUUUGACAAACGAAGACUUUAAAGGUGAUGUGUAUCUAAAGAUAUUCGACACAGUGUGCCCGUGACGUGAAAUGCGACGAUCGCUGUAAAUAAAUAAUGAUCUAAUUGUAUAUACCUUACGUCUCAGCUAUUUCGGUUUCUCAAUGGAACAUCGAUUUUUGAUGUUGCCUUCAGUGUAACCGCUCGGUGCUCAGUAAUGUUACACGCACGAUUUCAUAUGCAAUAAAACGAGAAACUAGAAUUUGAAGCUAACUUUCGUAGUUCUAAGGGAUCGCCUUUCUCUUGCAAACAAGUGAACUGCAGUGUUUUGUGAAUGUGGAAGACAUUGAAAAUGUCAAUAAUCCGUUUGCAAUGUUUAGUGUGAAAAUGCCACAUUACGAUGAGAGUUUUAUGUUCGACGACAGUGUGAACCAAAGACGAAACAAACGCAGCUAUCGUGUUUUUAAAAAUGGUUUGCACCCCUGUGAGCUUACGAACUCCGGUGAGGUACUCCACACUCUUGAAGAAAGAGGGAAUAACAUAGUUAAACACAACAUAAGGAAUUUAAAGGGACGAAAUCGCUAUAGAAUCGAAAAACCACUGAUUAGAAAUGGAAAUUUCAUUCAGUGUAAAACACCCGAAAUAUUCAUUCACUAUCCGGAAGCAAGUGUGUUCGACCCGAGCAGGUUGUAUGACAUCAAAAAUAACAACAACAUACUGACGUUGACACCAUGCAAGAGUUUUGAUAACUUGACGUUGAAGGAACUGAAAAAGGAACCGGUCAAGGAAACCAUAAGAAACGGUAAGAGCCUUCAGAACUUAAGCCGCGAUGAAAGCUUGAAGCACUUCAUCUCGCCGGUCGAGGAGAACCUGACACCGCGGAAAGUGAACGUGAGAAAUUCGUAUUCGAUCGAGGAGGCUGGCCGAAGACCAGCCCAGCGGAGAUACUCUCGGAGUACAGCCGCGCCCGGUGUUGGUGUUUAUCGGAAAUUUACUGGAGAUGAAAAAUCUUGUAAGAAUCUAAAUGAUAACGAAGGAGGCGGUGAAGGUAGCUCGGGUCACCGGGGGUCUCUGCGCGGCGCCAACAAGCUCGCACGGCGGGCUCGCUCCUUCAAGGACGACCUGCUGGAGCGGAUAUCCAACAUGCGCUCGCCGGCGCAGACCCCGCCGCAUCUCGCUAACAUCAGAUCCCAUUCCCCGCUUAGUCCGAAACUUCGGAACAUGGGGGCGAAAACAAAUGCAGCGGAGGAUAAUGAAACCACCCCCGCUAAGGAACUCGAACGGCUAGUCAAAGAGGUCAGAUUCGGACUGAAACAUUUCUCGGAUGUCAUCACGAAGCGGAAAUUGGAAAUGCUGCCGGAUAACGGGACGAUUGUAUUCGAAUCUAUCGCGAACAUACACAAGGCUAUUAAGCCGUACUGCAGCAGGUCGCCGCCGCUGUCGAGCGCUGUCAAGCGGCUGUGCACGGCGCUAGCGAUGCUGAUACGACUGUGUGACGAGGUGACGGUCGCGAGCCUGCGGUCGCGCUCCGAGUCCGACAUAUCGGCGCAGGAGGCGUCCGAGGAUAUAUCGCAGGACGUAUCGUCGGCCUUGUCUCCGGAGCACGUCGGGGGCGUGGUCAAGGGCCUCCGUACGGCAGUGGAGGAGGUGUCGAGCCUCGCGCAGCAGUACAUGACGCGGCCCGCGCUGUCGCCGCGCCCCGCACUCGUGUCGCCCCGGGCGACCACGCAGAGGAACUCAUUGCCGGACAUACCGCUGACACCGAAGGAGCGGUCACUGUUAACGGGCGAGGCCGGCAGUGAAGCGAGUGGGGUUCGAGCCUCGCAUUCUUCAGAGUCCAUCCUGGAUGCCCCGGAUACGCCGCCGCCAAAACCCACCAGACCUAAUAGGAAAAUUGAGUUGGCCCCACCUUUACCACCGAAACGCAAAUCUGCAAACGACAACUCCUUAUUGGGAGUCUCUAUUGACAGGUUGUCGCUACAGUCUCACAGCAGCGGCUCGCAAGACUCCAUGCUGAACGUGUCCAACGACGAGGAGCGGAGCACGCACGACUUCAUGAACCACGAGGUGUUCAUCUCCCCGCCCACCACGGAUCUAGUCGGAAUAUGUAAUUGUAAUAACAUGAGCGAGAUGAGAACAUCGGUGGGGUCACACGAGUCUCACAUGAGUCAUGCACACACUCACUCCAACCACAAUCGUUUCUCCAAUGAAUCUGGUUUCGUAUCGGUGGGACACUCAGAGAUGUCUACGGAGCACAGUUUUACAUCUACCUUCUCUUCGCAUCACUACUCUAGUCAUACAGACAGUACUUUUGAAAGUACAGAAUUUGUGAGCGAAAUGAAGUGCACCACGCAAAGUAUUGAGAGCCGCAUGAACAUGAUGAGUGUGAACAAUGUGUCCUCGCACAGCACGAAUGUCAUAAUGCCCGGUGUCAAUGACCGCAGCAGGCUGGCCAGCAUCACGUCAGACGAGAGUGAGACUCCGCCGGAGCUUCCCGCCAAGACCCGCCGCAACAUCCGCGCGGAUGUGCAGCACCACUUCCCCAAUGUUGAGAUCAGAAGGAGCCCUCCUUUCUCGGUGCACGACGCGCGGCCGCACACUCUGGCAGAACACAACCACCAGAGACCGCCACCGCUGCCGCUCAAGAAGAAGCACAUGUUUCAAAGCGUCGCGUAUAGUGUAAUGGCUUACAUGGAGAUGUUCGGGAACUGCAGUCACACCAUCAGCAUGCACCCGCCGAUCAGCGCCGACGCGCCGCUCGACAUGAUCCGACAUUCAAUACACACCGAUAACUUAUCCAGCGCCCAACACACCAGCGCUAGCAGCAUAAGCGUCGGUUACCAACAAGUACAGCGGUCGUUGGCUUCGUCUGUGACAGUACAACAUUUAAGUACCCCGCCCCUCAGUGGAUCUGAAGACAGUGUGAGUAUGAGGACAUCGAGUCGCAACAGUCCUGUGCCAAUAGAACCGCCAGCGCUUCCGCCAAAGAUGAAUAAAAAUAAACAGAUAUCGAUGAAUUCAAGUAAUGAAUUAGUUCCGCCGUCAUCGCCUCGCCCCUCCUCACACAAUAGUUCAGCCGAUGAAUCACUUCUAAAUAAUACGAGUCGGGAGGAGGUAUACGUGAGUGUGUCGUCUCCCGGCAAGUUCCCGCUGGAUGAAGAUGAGCUGGACCGGCUACGGCCCGCUCCCUCCCCGCCACCCUCGCCGCUGCCCUCGCCCGCACCCUCGCAGCGAAGUGCGUGCAGUAACGAGGCAGGACAAUCGGACCAAGUGAACAACUCGGGCGUGAGCGAGACGGAAGACAUCGUGCUGCAGACUGACGUGAGCGGCUGGCUGCUGCUGAAGAGCGCCGCCAAGGACGGGCCCGACGUGCGCGGCGGACACCCCGACGCGCUCAUCGUGCUCGCGACCAAGGCCACCAAAGAUUUCGCGUAUCAGGAAGCAUUCUUAGCGACGUACCGCACGUGGCUGAGUCCCGGAGAGCUAGUCAAGAAGUUGGUGCGGAGAGCGCACCACUUCCGACCUCGGCCGCACGAACUCCGCUCUACGCUCGGUCUGCUCACCAGGGUGAUCGCCGAUCUCACGAUUGCGGAUCUCGAAAGAAAUUUUAUGCAAGAAAUUAUGGAGUUCAUAUAUUGGCUCGUGGAAGCGGAAGAGCUUCCGAUAUCCAAAGCGCUACGGCAAAUAUUGGUUGAUAAACAAAAGCAGUUGCAUUACCAAAACGCGAAUAACAAGUACGGGUACGAGUCGGCGUGCUACGGCAGCGUGUCCCUGCGGCGCGACACGCUGCUGGAGUUCAAGGCGGGCGAGUUGGCCGAGCAGAUGACCCUCCUGGACGCGGCGCUGUUCGUGCGGAUCACCACGGCCGAGCUGCUGGCGUGGCCGCGCGACCAGGCCGAGGACGGCUCGCCCAACCUCACGCGCUUCACCGAGCACUUCAACAAGAUGAGCUACUGGGCGCGCUCGCGCAUCCUGGAGCAGGACGAGGCCCGCGAGCGGGAGCGGUACGCCAGCAAGUUCCUGAAGGUGAUGAAGGCGCUGCGCAAGAUGAACAACUUCAACUCGUACCUGGCGCUGGUGUCGGCACUGGACUGUCCGCCCGUCCGCCGCCUGGGCUGGCCUCGCACGCUGCUGGACGCGCUGCACGACCACUGCUCGCUCAUCGACUCGUCCAUGUCCUUCAGCGCCUACCGCCGGGCGCUGGCCGACACGCAGCCGCCCUGCAUCCCCUACAUAGGUUUGUUCCUUCAAGAUCUGACAUUCGUGCACGUCGGCAAUCCUGACUUGCUGCCCGACGGAAGCAUAAACUUCACUAAGCGAUGGCAGCAGUACCACAUUAUGGAAAACAUGAAGAGAUUCCACAAAGAGCAGUACAAGAUAAAAAAGAACGAGCGCAUCCAGGCGAUGUUCAACGAGUUCGACGACGUUCUCAGCGAGGAGACCAUGUGGCAGAUCUCGGAGACCAUCAAGCCGCGCGGCGUGCGGGGCGGAGCGCGCUCGGUGGCCACGCCCCCUGCGGCGCAAACCGCCACCGCUGCCGCCACCUAGUGAGAUAACGCUAUAAAAACCCAAAGAGAUGAACUACGUACUGAAACAACUCGACAACGACUGUUUAAUAUAUAUGUUUGCGAGGAAUUGUGUAAUUUUAACUGAAACAUUGUGAUUAUCUGUCCUGAGAUGGCCUAAUUAUUUAAGCGUGUUUAGUGUAACUAGUUCGUCUGUGAUCGGUCGGUCGGGCGAGGGAGAGGAGAGAUAGGAGAGUUAGAGAAAGAGAGUGAGAACCCGCGAACAACGAGCUCCGACUGCUUCACAUUGCUACGCCCAGUUUUAUCUUUCCUUCUAGAUACUAUCUAUUUUCGUAAAUUGUUUAUUCGAUGUUAUAGGCGUCUUCUAAUAAUAAUACUCUGUUUUUUGAACGUGUACAUUUAAUAAGCGGGUGAUUAUCAGAGGAGUAUGUAGUUAAGUGUGUUUUUAUCAUUAUAACAAUAAGGAUAUAUUUAAAUUUCUCUUGAAGAAAUCGCAUUUUGCAGAUCAUAUGAUUGAAAAAUUUGAUUCAAUUUAUUUUAAAUGGAUUAUUAUUUAUGAUAAUUUUAUUUUGAAUAAGAAAUAAAUUUUUAAAAUGUGCAAUUAUUUUUGGGAUGUUCAAAUAAUUGAUCAGAGUGAAGUCGACGUAAAAUUAUGUUCACAAAUGUUAAUUUUCAACGAAUCCCUUUUGUUUGUUGGUAUGAUGUCAUUGCUCGUGCGCACAGGCAAAUGUAAUCAAAAUGGCAGCAAUAUUGUCCGCGUUGGUUGGCUAUUUAAAUAAUUCUAUUGUAAUACUUUGAGUUACUUUUUAUUUUAAUAGAAUCAGAUACCCAAAAAAAAAAUCUGUAUAGAUGACCAGCUGUAACGUAUUUCAAAAUGACUUAAAGCGUAGUGAACGGCGAUACAGCUCUUAUAUCGCGCUGUGGCACGUCAACCUGACACAUAAGAUUUACUGUUUCAUGUGCGUGUUAUAACACCACACCUUUUACACAUUUCAAUAGAUUUCGACUAUAUUUUUUGUAACUAGGCAUAUAAGUUGCGAUGUAAAGAAAUACGUGAAGGAGAAAUGGGUUCUUAUAAAUUCAAAUUAAUUUGAGAAUUUUUGUUUUAGUGAAUUGAAAUUAUAUAAAAUAAACCUCUGGUUUCCACCCAUAGAGUAUUAAACACUUUGUAACCUCCACUUUAUUGCGGCCGCGUUUUAGAAUUUUAACAAAAUGUAACAAAUCCGUACGAUUUUCUUUAUUUUCUAUAUCGGAAUUAAAACAAGCGUUGGCAUUUUGUUUCUAAAUAAAAAAAUAAUAAUGUGUUAUAAAUCGUGCGCGGCCGCGUUAUAAUUGUAUCAGUAUUUAAAACAAUAUUUUUGUACAAUUCAUCAACAUAUCAUGUGUGUCUUUGAAAUACUUACUUGAAGCAAAGUAACUACUAAUGAAUGUAAACUACCAGGGCCACAUUACUAAAAUGGCAUUUUAGCAUUAUACAUUAUUCCGGCUUUGGCUCUCGGAUAAUAUGUACCUUCACGCCUGUUCCGAGAAUGUCGUAGACCAAAUGACAAGAUUACACGCGGUACAGUGGCAAACAAAGUAUAAAUACUAGCAUUAUUUUAGCCUUCCUUAAAAAAAGAACUAUAGGAAAAAUAGGUCGAAAGUUUUGAGGUAACAAACCUAAAAAAAAACAUACCGACGAAUUGAGUACCUCCUCUUUUUUUGAAGUCGGUUAAAUAAUAAGAAACAAAAAAUUAUGAAAAUGGCCCGUGAUCUCUUUGGAUGUGUAUGUUCAGAUAUGCAUAAGAUCUUACAAAAUUAAAAAUAAAGUGUGCGUCAAAAAAUAAUAAGAAACUUUACUCAAUACACUAUGUAGCCAGACAUAAAAACAUAAUACAAUAUAACUAGAUACAGAAAAUCCAGUGGGAGGCUCCUUUGCACAGGAAGCCGGCUAGAUUAUGGGAACCGCAAUGGUGCCUAUUUCUGCCGUGAAGCAGUAAUAUGUAAACAUUACUGUGUUUCGGUCUGAAGGGCGCCGUAGCUAGUGAAAUUACUGGGCAAGUGAGACUUAACAUCUUAUGUCUCAAGGUGACGAGCGCAAUUGUAGUGCCGCUCAGAAAUUUUGGGUUUUUCAAGAAUCCUUAGUGGAACUGCAUUGUAAUGGAUAGCGCGUAUCAAUUACCAUCAGCUGAACGUCCUGCACGUCUCGUCCUUUACUUUCAUAAAAAAUAAAUACUUAUUAGAUCGAAAAACACGGCGCUAGGUAACGAUAUUGUUGGAACAUGUGAAGUAUAUAUUAUUGUUUUAAUUGUUGUUGUAAUAAAAUAAGCAAAAACGUUAGUAAUUAAGCGCAAACUUCAAACCCCAAUUAGUGUAGUUUGAUUGUCUUCACUCAUGUUGACAUCUGAGAACAUCGAAUUAGAUGACUUUAAAAUUUAAAUUAUAAGCUUAUUGCAAAUAGGUAUUUGGUAAAUAGGUACGGUUAACUUUAUUUCUAUGCAAUGUUAGGCGUUGAAAAGUUAAGCUUUACACUUCUUCGAGUUCGACUAUGACCAAAGUAGUGUAUAGUUCAUAUAAAGCUGCGUUCCUACUAAAAGUUGUGAUUUUGGCUUCAAAAUUCGGAAACGAUAUAUCUGUGGGCUAAUAAAAAUAAACAUGUUUUAUUUGAUUUAUUUGGAAAAAAAUACAGAUACAUCCUUCAACAUAAAAUAGACGUAGUGAGACAAAAAUAAGGACAUAAGCAUGUCUCCUUGAACAAUUUCACUGAGGACACCUAACAUUUAUGUUUAUACGUAUAUAUAGGUAAUUGGAGUUGAUAAAUAUUGGCUCCGUUCAACCACUUUUCAGAGUCAAAGAUGAAUUCAGCUUAUGGGGCAAUAGGUACGCCCACUUAGAGUGUAGCACGCAUGCCAUAUAUUUCCAAACGCCUAUUCAUUACGAAACGAGAUUUAGGUACUGGCGUUCAACCUAUGAAUGAAGUAUCGUCUCAUUUAUUUAUUUUGUCGUAAAGAAAUCAGAAUGUUUUGAAAACUAUAAAAAAAGUACUCUAUAUACGAUUGAAUUCAAUGUAUAUUGUGUGUCAGAAUUGGCUACAUGAACAUUUCUCAUAAAAUUUGGUUAUGUUUUUCUUUACACAAUUAAAGAGUCUUUAAAGUAUCCUAAUUAGUAUUUUCAUGUUGGGGCAACUAUCCAUACAGCAAGGCAUCUACCCUAAAAAAAGUGUUCCACAAAAAGUUAAAUUCUGCAAAAUCUGUAAUUGAUAGGUCAAGAAAAUUUAUUACUCACCAUAAAUAUAGGCAAUAGUGUGAGCAUUAACCAUUCUAUCUCGAUUUUUUGCAUCAGUUAAGCCCCAUGAGAGUAAAAAUUAAAUAGUUAGGCGGCAUCUAUGAUUAUUCCUACUUGUUUUAAUCUGUAUGAACGCAGCUUUAUAUAACAGCUUAUAGGUAUUUGAAUCGUCUAUCGAAAACUUUAUCUGUUCGAGUAUAUCGAAUAAUUCAAAUACUUCUAGUAAAGUGAGCAUUAUUUUUUAAACUUGCGACGGCUUCAACUUCGUUUUCUUCGUUACGUCAUCGUGCCAAAUAAUUACGAUUAAAUUAUUGUACAAAUGGCACCUACAGUAAGUCGGAUUUACAUUGCGGUUGAAAUCUUCAAUUAUGUAUUAAACUUGUGAAUCUAGUUACCUUUUGAAAUGUAAUAGUGUGGUAUUGAAUUAGAAAAUUGCUUAGUUAAAAUAUAUUUGAAAUACGAUUGUUAAUGUAUCCGUAAAUAACUAUAAUUUUAUUGUUAGAAAAUCUUUUACAUUAACAAUUAUAUACGCCGACGCUAUUAUAGAUUUGGUGAUUCAAUUUUACUGUUUAGGAAGUUAUGUACUUGAAUGCAAUUUUAAUGCGAUUGUAAAUUAUUUUUUAUAUACAAAUAUAUUUUGAUGAUCGACGGAUGCUUUAAGCUAUAAUAAUACUCAAGUUUCAAGAAAAAAUAUUCAUAGUCUAGUAUGUAUUUAUUUAUAUUUAUAAUGAGCACAGCACACACAGCCCAAUAGAAAGUUGUUUAAAAACCACCUUGUUUGUGAUUGGUUAAUUUGUUAGGGCAGAGAUAAUAAACUAGAAAUUAGAGUUCGGUGAUCGAAAGGAUUACAUAUAUUUAGUCACGUAAUGCGAGUAUACCGGUAGAUGACUCAACAGUUUAACACAGCCUCUGCAGAUAUACAGAGACAGUAUAUGUGUUCUGCUAUAUAUAAUUAUAAUAAUAGAUAUAGAUAAAAUAGUGUGUUCAAAUAUCAAACAAAAGAUUUUCUGCGCAAGUUCCCUUAUUCAUAAUGGUCCGCUAACUUUAAACAGCCACUAAGGAGUAUUUUUUCUCAUUCAGACUUAGGUCAAUAGAAGAAGACAGAGUGAGAAUUAGCAAUUCUUUAAGUUAGCAGACUAUUAUGAAUAAGGGGGUUAAUGUUUUCAUUUUAACAAAAAAGGGGCACUAAAAUGUUCACCGAAGCUUUUACAGUCAGUGAUUGACAGAUAACUGACUAUGACGAUAACAGCUAGACUCCCAAUCGCCUGUUAAAAAAUGUCCGAGCGGCGUUGCAUAUACGUAUGCAUUAACUUAUACAGAUAACACUAAAACAUUCAUUCAAAUUAACACCUUAUUUCGUGGCAUGUUCAAAAUAUAUAAGAAGCUCAUUGAGUAUGGUGCGAAAGAGUCGUCUGAUGUAUUCUGUUUUAGCAAUUGAAAUGUAAAAACGUCAAGUUAGUUGCAUGAUUUUGUUAAUUUAUUCUUGUUAAGAUUGUAUAUGCUGUUGUUUGGACAUUUUUUCACUGAACACUGUCAUUGCGUGGCGUUGUACUCAAAGCGCGGUCAAAACACAACUGAAUGAAAACUCAUCCUAAUAGACGCGUACACAAAGUUUUGCUUCAGACAAUGAGCGUGAUUGUGAGUCUAGUUGUUUAUUGUACGUCGGUGGUUAAACGUAUAAAUUAUAAAAAUCCUUAUUAUGGCAUCUUUUUUGUUAAAACUGUCACAUAAACCAAUUUCAGUUUUUAUAUUAGCUGUUAGUGGGAAAUUUUUUGUGACACAUGCGCAGAGCUAUAAUCUCAACGUGUUAACAAGAAUCGAUUCGAAUUCGAUUCAAUUCCGAUUCAAUUCUUUUGGGCUGUGUGGUAACUGAUGUGCUUAGUAACAAUGAAUUAAAUAGACAUGUAAACAAUAGGUUCACAGUUAGCUAUCAGCACUGUUCGAUUGCCUUAACAGUGUCGAGACUACGACACGACGUGUUAGCAAUAAUUUUGAUACUUUACGCACUUUACUACACGACGGAUGUGAUAGGCGCCCGAGCCGUUCGCUGUCAACUUUGUUGGCGUCCUCUACUCGUAGGAAAUUAUAUGUAGACUAAUAUUAGCGGUAAGUAUAUAAAUAAACCCCAUUUUAUCAACGGAGCAAGGCGUAGAGUUCAUUGUUGAAACUGUAGGUAGGUUGUUGCUAUCGCGUACAAAAUAUAACCCUAGCGGCACGUUAUAAUGACCGAAUAUUGCCCCAAUUCAUAAUUUUUUUCUUCAAAUGAGGAUGAAAUGCUUAUUAGAAAUAUUCAAAAUCAGGUAUUGUAAGUCAGAAUCCACUAGUGAAAUUACUGGGCAAAUGAGACAUCUUAUGGUCUUAAGGUGACGAAUGCUAUUGUAGUGCCACUCAGAAUUUUUGGGCUUUUCAAGAAUCUUGUAUCAAUUACCAUCAGCUUAACGUCCUGCUCGUCUCGUCCCGUAUUAUCGUAAAAAAAAUCCACCGCCUAUUAUUAUUUCACCGGAAGAGAAUCGCCUCGAGCGAUGAUACAUGGAAACUGCUUAUUAUAAGGUGCCGCUUGGCUUGACAAUCCGUUCUUGUAACGUAACACAACGCUUCAAUACGCAAUGUAAAUUUUGUAUCAAAGUUGCCUAGUGUAACAAAUGAAUUUUAAACUAAGCCGUAGUUUAGUAGUAUGUAGAAGUUCUACAUGAAAAUGUUUAAUCGAAAAAUUUCAAUGCCUUCGUUGUGUUAUUUUACAACACGUUUCUGUAUUGAUAUUUACGGAGUACCGUGUGACGUAGUAUUAUAUAUAACUUGCAACGAAGCGUAGGGCGUAACGACGGAUUGGGACCCGGGUCCCGCGCAAUAAUGAUUAGACCAAUAUUUAGAUGGGUUUACAGCUUUUACACGUGUUUGUCAUGAUAUUGUAAUUUGUAUAAAUCAUUUUGAGACAGUUAAGUUGGUAGGUGUGUUACCAUUUUGUUGUAUGGUAUAUUGUAUUGAAUUUAUUUAUGUGUCGUGGGGUUCAGUAACGUUUGGUGUUGGUUAAUGAAAAGACUGCCUAAAUUAAUUUACUCAUAAUAGUGGAUGUUGUGACCUAAGGAUACUGUAUAUGUUAAAGUUGUCACCUCUGUACUGUUGCAGUUAAGGGCCCGUUCUUUUGCAACUCGGUCGCGGAGUCGAAAAAAUCUCGGUCAUUGACCUUAGCACCUCGAGUGAGCGAGACAUAUGUAUCGCGAGUGAGAGAGACGAGUAGUAAUAGGUCAAUAUCCGAUAUUGUUCGCGCUCCGGGACCGGGUGUUUAAUGCGAGUCAAUGUCGGUGAAUAUUUAAAAAUAUUAACUUUAUUUUAUGAUACUAAUGUUUUGUAAUUAGUUAAGUGAAGCGUACAUCGUUUGUUGUAUUAGCACAGUAUUAUGUUAAAUGAAUGCCAUAAUGUAGCAAAUGGAUUUAUUAUAUUUUUCGUUUUAUCGAUUCUGUUUUUUUUUUUGAUAAUUUUACUAUGAUUUCUAUAAAUGAAUUACAUAAUAGUCUGUAUUAUAUUUAUUUAGAUUUAAUGAACAACAAGAUUCAUUUAUUACAUAAUUGAGUUGCAUGCGUGUACAGUUAAUUUUUGUGUGUCAACAUUUUUGUAAUUAUUUUGUAAUAUAAAUAUAGCACGUUAUUUACAAUAUCAUCAA